UUUCAAAAUCUCUUUACAAAAUUAACUACUGUUAAAAAAAAAUAUAUACAACAAUAAAAAACACAAUGUUCAAAACAACUUUUGUGAUCCUUGCGGUGUGUGGAAUUGUCACACAAGCUGCUGUAAUUAGAACAUCGGAUAAGGACACUAAUAUGUUGGAAACAACUACUGUUUCAAUAGAUGAUAUGUCUACUACUAUGGAACCAGAGUUGACAACCAUUAAAGAAGAUGAUCUUACUACCACAACAACGGAGAGUUUUGGUGCUCUUAGUAGGGAUGAGGAAGCCACCAUAUUACUUGUGGAUCAAACUUUAUUAGAUCCAGCGCCGGCUGAAUUAAUUAAAACAGAAGCAGAGACGGUUCAAAUUGAAAAAUCUGGCAAACUUCUGUUAUUAAGCACUCAAAAAAUUGCAGAAAAAACCAAACAACCCGAAGAAAAUCUGGAGGAAUCUGAAGAAGAAAAUGAAACGGUAGAAAAUGUUUCACAAAGCGCCAUAGAGACUACCACCGUGGACUCGCUAAAUGAAGAGACUACAACGCUAUUAAACAUGGAAGAAGAACAAACAACUCAAAGUGAUUUGCAAACAAAAGAUGAUGUAAAGUCCGAACAAAAAACAAGUACCGAAAGUGUUACAGAGGACUUGCCAGCUAUGGAAAAAAUAACCAAAUUAUAUCCAAUCAAUGACACCCUCUAUGCAGACAACAGCAAAACAACUGAACAGAGUUCCACAAUAGUUGUAGACGAUCAGCCAAAAGAAACAUUAAACUCAAAUCUUGGUUCCGUUGUCUUAGAAGAAACAGAAGCCGAUUAUGUUCUAGUGGAGUCAGAGGUCUUGGAAGGUUCAUACACCGAUGUUGAUAGCGAAUUACAUCUGCAGCCGAUUGUUCAAUCGGUAGAAAUCGUACCUUCUAGUUUGGAUGACACCUUACUAAUUAACUAUGUACAAAGUUGGUAAUUCUGAUCUAAAGUAGAGUAAUGCGCUUUUUUCUCUAAAAA